AUGGGUCUUCUCUCUAUGCAGCAUCAUUCACAGCACCAGCAACAGGGUCAUCCACCUUCCCAACAUCUACAACACUCGCGACCCCCGAGUGUAGUUCACCAGCAGCAUCACGCGCAACCUCACCCUCCGCCACAACAGCAACACCAAAGCGCGUACUCGUCGACGCAUUCGCUCCCUCAAGGUUACCAAGCCAGUGGUCAAGCGCCCAGCAAUCAGGACAACCUCAACUAUUACAACCACCCAAGCCCUUACAGCACUCCAGGUGCCACAAGCGGAUACACAUCCGCCGAUACCUCAGAUAUGAUGGCCGCAGCACAAAUGCCGAGACCUCCCUAUCCCCCAAUGUCCUAUCAUACGCCUCAAUCCAACUCUCCAGCUUCAGUCGCAUCCCCUUCUCAACAUGAUCAGCACAGAAGCAUCUACGGUCAACCACCAUCACAGCAUAUGCAGCAGUCCAUGUACUAUCAACCUCAAAACCAGUACCAAACAAUGCCCCCUCAAGCUGCCGCAUCGCCGUAUGCGCAACAUGCGCCCCACCCUCAACAGUCAAUGACAUCUCAGCCCGCCAUGAUGAUGUCUCAAACUGCACCUCAGAACCAGAUGACCCAACAUGCUGCGCAGCACGCACACGCGGGAAUGACAGGCAGCCCCCGACCGAAGAUUGAGCCUCAAGUGCCUCUCCAACUCCAGAAGCCACAAUCCUCUCCCAUGCAACAAGCUCAUCACCCUCAAAACGGUGGGCAACUGCAGAGCCCAGGAAACACCACACCUGGUGUCAACCCCAGCGCAGCCCCUGGACCCAUCCCUGCCACGACCCCUCUCGUGGUUCGACAGGACGGCAAUGGUGUCCAGUGGAUCGCUUUCGAGUAUUCUAGGGAUCGAGUCAAGAUGGAGUACACCAUUCGCUGCGACGUUGAGUCAGUUAACAUUGAUGAGCUGUCCCCCGAGUUCAAGCAAGAGAAUUGUGUCUACCCCCGCGCUUGCUGCCCUAAGGACCAGUACCGCGGUAACCGUCUGAUGUAUGAGACCGACUGCAAUCGUGUUGGCUGGGCUCUAGCCGAGCUCAACAUCCCCCUUCGAGGCAAGCGAGGCCUCAUCCAGCGAGCCGUGGACAGCUGGCGCAACAGCAAUCAGGACCCCCGACUCCGUAGUCGACGAGUCCGACGCAUGGCAAAGAUGAACCAGCGAAAGCAGGUUCAAGCUUCCCCACAUCCCGGGGCGGCACACAUGUCAGGCCCCAGCGGACCAUCAGGGAUGCCAGGCGGCCCUGGACCCAUGGGACCUAGUCCCGCCUCCAUGGGCAAGCCUUCACUCGGUAGCAUGGGUCAACCGAUGCAUCACCACCAACCAGGAGCUCACCCCGACGGAUCAGGACAAGGUGGACAGGAUGAAGUUGGUAUGUUUCACCAGAUGUGA